UAGGCUGGUUAGUCUCUGAUUAACGAAUUUGAUUCUGUCAUCUACGUUGGUGCAUAUAUUGGCGUUGUUUUUGGCAGUGUUGAAAUUGACUUAGUCAUGGUUGUAUGUAUCCGUAAGCUCUUUGUUCUCCCACUUUUGAAUCUGAUAUACGAAUUUAUGAAAUUAAUGUGUUUUCUUAUGCAUAUUAAGGUUGUGAUAUUUGUACUUCAGAUGCUUUUGUUUGUUGCAACGCCAAUUACAUUUAUUUUGGGAAGGGAAACAUUCCAAACUAUGUCAUAUACAGAUACAUUGAGCAUUAUCCGACUCAAAAAUCGUGUUUUGAGUAUCCUAAUUUUGAAGAUGGAUGCACCAAUUUACUUUGCCACUGUAAGAUAUUUAAGGGAAAGGAUCUCAUGGUGGAUUGAUGAAAAGGGAAACAAGUUUGAAGUAUGUUAUAAUGAAUCUGAAUGGUAUGCAUAACCAACUACUGAGUUUUGGAGUGAUGGGGUUAUUCUUUAUAUUCUAUUGAUUUGGUACAUUUGACAUCAUU